AUUGGAUUCUACGUCGACGGACCUAAUAAUUUUCCCUCUGGAAGAGGUGGAUUGCAGAAAAGUUAGAACAGGACAUCCCACGCCGAGGGAGCAGAGCAUGCUUGCCCGUGGAUGGAGCAGCGCUGCAGGAAGGACACCGCUUUCUGCAGCGACCAUGGAUGCGAAAUUUUCAAGCCAGGUUCUGAGGAACUUUAGCCGGAGGAUGAAGAGACGCUUCGUCAUACCCAGAAAGGUCCAUCGGUGUUACAAGCCUUGCUCCAGCGCUUUCGAUUCCAACAGCAGUAGAAAUGGCGGAAUCACAAGUUCUGACAUAGUGGAAAGGGAAUACGCCGAUCUCAACCUCAAGGACCUCUAUGGUGCCGGACAGGUCAAGAUUGGUCAUGUGCGGAUUCGGCAGCAUGUGAAUCCUCUUGGCUCUUCUUUCAGUGUACCUGUGGAGGUGCCUGACUGGGAUGAUGUUUUCAACAACUCCAAACUGCCUCUUAUGGUGGAUAUCGGUAGUGCUUUUCUAGGUAGUGGCAGACUCCUGAUUUGGCUUGCUAAAAGAUUUCCUGAGUCAAGAAAUUACUUAGGACUGGAAAUUCGACACAAGCUGAUCCAACGCUGUCAGUUCUGGUCGAAAGAAAUUUCUCUCAGGAAUAUCCAUUUCUUAUCUUGCAAUGCUACAAUAUCUUUUGAAAGAUUAGUGUCUUCAUAUCCUGGUCCUCUAGUAUUUGUUACAAUAUUGUGUCCUGAUCCUCAUUUUAAGAAGAGGCAUCAUAAGAGAAGAGUACUGCAGAAGCCUUUGGUUGAUUCAAUUUUGAAUAAUCUGAUCACAGGAGGACAGGUUUUACUGCAAUCGGACGUGCUCCAAGUGGCGAUGGAUAUGAGAGAUCAGUUUGACCUGCGAAUUGAUGUGUUGAAGCAUAUUGAUGCUAUUGAUGACAGUUUUUCAUGUGAUGAAGAUGGUUGGCUGCAAUAUAAUCCAAUAGGAAUACGUACUGACAGGGAGAUACAUGCAGAAUUGGAAGGUGCAAAAAUUUACCGUCGAUUUUAUCAGAAAAUUUAAUUUCUUUCGUAAAUUAUUCUUUGAUAGGACUAUUUAUUUAUUUAGCUGUGGAAAGAUUUAAAACGUUUUUUCAAUAUCAAUUAUUGAAUUAUUUUGAUUUUUAAUAUCAGUUGUAUCGAAAUUCAUAAAUUUUAUGUGGUAUGUGUAAUUUAGUUUAAUUAUUGAAAACAAAGAAAAGAGCCGCCCUCGUUGUCUC